AUGAGCGAUCUUGAGAAGCAGUACGAGGCGACGGAACCUCAUGUCUCCCAUUCGCCAAGGAGCGAUGAAAUUGAACGACAGCUGGGGGAAGUCGACCCUCUGCUCGAGGCGAAGCUUGUGCGAAAGCUAGAUGCUUUCAUCAUUCCUGUCGUCAUGUUGCUAUAUCUGUUAAGCUUUCUCGACAGAGUCAACAUCGGCAAUGCCCGACUGUACGGACUUGAAGAGGACCUUGGUAUGGACUCGACUCAGUUCCAGACCGCUGUGUCGAUUCUGUUCGUCACGUACAUCCUGUCUGAAGUGCCAUCGAAUCUGGUCCUAAAGAAACUGCGGCCGUCGCGCUGGAUCGCUUUCAUCACCACCGCAUGGGGCAUCAUCGCGACCUUGACGGGUGUCGUGCAAAGCUAUGGCGGGCUGAUUGCAUGCCGUCUGCUUCUGGGUGCUGUUGAGGGAGGUCUCUUCCCCGGUAUGGCUGUGUACCUGACUUUCUUUUACACCAAGCGUGAACUAGCUCUCCGGAUUGGCUACCUGUUCGUCUCUGCCGCGCUCGCAGGUGCUUGCGGAGGUCUCCUAGCUUAUGCAAUUGGCCACAUGGACGGAGUUGCAGGCCAGAGCGGAUGGCGCUGGAUUAUGAUCCUCGAGGGCAUUCCCACGUUUGUUCUUGGUAUCGCGACGUGGUGGAUUCUCCCCGACAGUCCGGAAACGGCAUAUUUCCUCACUGACGAGGAGAAGGCCUUUGCGGCUGCUCGCCUUACGCGCCAGACUGGUUAUACGAAGAAAGCAGCAGAGUUCCACUGGGAAGACGUCAGGAAGUGCUUCAAGGAUUGGAAGGUGUGGCUGUUUUGCUUUGCGCAAUUCGGAUCCGACACCAUGCUCUACGGGUUCUCGACUUUCCUGCCAACCAUCAUCCGCGCCAUUAUGCCCAAAGCAUCAAGCGCCAUGGUGCAGGUCCUUACCAUCCCAUGCUACGCGCUGGGAGCCAUCACCUACCUCGUCGUCGCGCACUUCUCGGACAAGCAGCAGAGACGCGCCUUCUACACCAUUCUCCUCGGCAUCGUCAGCAUCAUCGGAUACGCCAUGUUGAUCAGCCCGAGCAGCUCUGCAACACACUACGCAGGCUGUUUCCUGGUCGCCAUGGGGCUGUACGUGUGUGUCGGCAUCCCGCUCGCGUGGCUACCCACAAACCUGCCACGGUACGGAAAGCGCACCAGCGCAACAGGACUCCAGCUCACGAUCGGCAACUGUGCGGGCAUCAUGUCGUCUUUCCUGUACCCUGCGAAAGAAGGCCCCCGCUUCAUCAAAGGCCACGCCGUCACCAUGGCCAUGGUCGCUUUUUCCAUCGCGUGCUUCGCUGUCUUGUGGGCGCAUCUCAGCAUGUUGAAUUCGCGGCGCGACAAGGGCGAAGAGGAUCACCUGAUGCAGGGCAAGACCGAAGAAGAGAUUGCGGAGAUGGGCGACGAGAGCCCGCGGUUCAGAUACACCACCUGA